UCCACCUUGGUCUCCAGUGUCUCCACUGUGAGCCAGUCCAUCAUGGUGUCAGAGUCCCCACAAGUCCUGGUCCACUCCAGUGUCAUCACUGACGGAGCCACAAUCGUGUCAGACUCUACCGCAUCUACUUCCUCAGACCUAGGUUCUGCCAUUGACAAAAUCAUCGAGUCCACAAUUGGACCUGACAUCAUCCAGAGCUGCAUUGCUGUGACCAGUGCGGAGGAUGGCGGGGCAGAGACUACGCAGUACCUCAUUCUGCAAGGCCCCGAUGAUGGUGCACCCAUGGUGUCCCAGAUGGCCACCUCUGCUCUGGCCAAUAGCUUGGCGAUAGAAGCUGUUGCUGAUGGACCUACCUCCACAUGCCUUGACCAGCCCGGCCCUUCGGACCCUUCGGAGCAGUUGGAAGUGCUGGAGCUGCCUGCACAGCCGGAUCAGGCCCGAGAGGUGGAUGGUGGGGAGGAGCUGGACCAGCCAGACAUGGAGACCCUAGAAGAGAUGAUGGAGGUGGUGGUGGUGCAGCAAUUCAAGUGCAAGAUGUGUCAGUACAAGAGCGUCUCCAAGAAAACGCUAAUUAACCACAUGAAAGAGCGACAUUUCCAGCCAGUGGGUUCAGCUCUGGCUUUGAAGAAAGGACGUCCACGAAAGGGGGGAUCAGCUCCAAAGACUGCGGAGGAGGACGUCCCAGAAGAAGAAGAAGAUGAUGAUAUCAUGGACGCUGGUGCUAUUGAUGACCCCGAAGAGGACAGUGACUAUAACCCAGCUGAGGAUGAGCCCCGUGGGCGGCAGCCCAAGUACAGCCGCACUGUCCCCACAUCCAGUGAGGAGAGGCCGCGUCGACGCCCAGGAAGACCCCGCAAGUUUCCUCGUCUGGAGGACAUGCCCCAGGAUAUGCCUGAAGGAGGGGAGGUGGAGCCCUUGGUGACAUCCCAAAGCACACUGAACCGUGAGCUGCAGAACUCUGAAGCAGCCAGUUCCUCUGGCCUGGAGAACGGGAGCAGUGAGAGCCUGGCGGAGCCCAGCAUCAGCCAGUCUGACUCUGAGAACAAGGAUCCUUCCUCCAACACUGGCCCUGAGGAGGCAGACGUCAUCCCCAGGAGGCGAGGGCGGCCCUCCCGCCGCUUCCUGGGCAAGAAAUACCGCAAGUACAUGGGGCGCAGGUACUACUACAAGUCGCCCAAGCCCCUGAUGAGGCCCUACCUGUGUCGGAUCUGUGGCUCACGUUUCCUCACGCACGAUGAUCUGCGUUUCCAUGUCAACUCACACGAGGCCAAUGACCCGCAGCUCUUCAAAUGUCUACAGUGCAGCUACCGCUCCCGGCGCUGGUCCUCCCUCAAGGAACACAUGUUCAACCAUGUGGGCAGCAAGCCGUACAAGUGUGAGGAGUGCAAUUACACCAGUGUGUACAAGAAGGACGUCAUCCGGCACUCCACAGUGCACAGCCGGGACAGGAAAAAGAGAGCUGAUCCGCCCCCAAAGCUGAACUCCUUCCCAUGCCCCGUAUGCAACCGUAUCUACCCCAUGCAGAAGAGGCUUACGCAGCACAUGAAGACACACAGCACGGAAAAACCACACAUGUGUGACAAGUGUGGGAAGUCCUUUAAGAAGCGCUACACCUUCAAGAUGCACCUUCUGACACACAUCCAGGCCAUUGCCAACCGCAGGUUCAAGUGUGAAAAAAAAAUGCUGAACCACCAGCUGUCGCACAUGAACGACAAACCCUACAAGUGCAGCUUCUGCAAGUACUCCACCUUCCGGGAGGAUUUCCUGGUCUCGCACAUGGCUGUCAAGCAUACAGGAGGGAAGCCGUUUGCUUGCGAGUUCUGUCACUUCACCACCAAGCACAAGAAGAACCUGCGCCUCCAUGUGCACUGUCGCCACGCCGACUCCUUUGAGGAGUGGGCACAGAGGCACCCCGAGGAGCCGCCCUGCCGCCGCCGCCCCUUCUUCACCUUGCAGCAGAUUGAGGAGCUGAAGCAGCAGCACAGCCAGGUGCAGGCCCCGGCUGAGCCGGAGGCUAGUCCGCCGGUGAUGCUCUCUCUCACGCAGAUGCCUCUUGGCCCCGUCACCUACCAUGCGGUCCAGGCCGUCCCAGGAGCAGAGCCGCCCAUCCUCUCGCAGGAUUCCCUGGGAGAGGCCACCAUCAUUUAUGAACAAGAUGUGGCUGGAUCAGCAGAACUGGCCACGCAGACAGCCCUGGAUCUCCUACUGAACAUGAGCACACAGCGAGAGCUGGCCACGGGCUCGCUGCAGGUGGCAGUGGUGAAGCCGGGUGAUUCAAGAGAAGCACAGGCCCCCUGUGAACCACAGGCACAGGAGGAGGGGACAGAGAUAGUCUCUGAGGAGCAGCAAGAGCAGAAGUUGGUGACGCUGCACAUGGAGGAGCCUGGGGAGACGUUAGUGCAGGAGGCUUAUGAAGAGGCGACCCUGGGUGGCUCGGAGCUGCAGCAGAUCACUAUCCCCUUUGGCGGGACGACGGAGUACAGCAUUAUCACACCCAUCAGCGAGGAGAUGCAGGCUCCAGGCACGCUGUACAGCAGUGAGGAGGAGAGCCCUGCAGAGACCUCCCAUGCAGUCGUGGUGAGUGAAGCUGUGAUGACGGAGGAGGCUCUGAAGGACCAUAACAAUCACUAUAUCAUGUCAUCCAGUAUUCCGGGGAGCCAGUUCCAUCACAUUGAGCCCCUCAGCGGGGACGCUGCCUUUCCCUCGCCUGCGGAGGGCCAGGAGGCACAGCCCGCCGGCGUCAAGUGGCCACUGGUGCAGUGUGUCACCAGGCAGCUCCAGAAGGACUCGUCUUUAUCCCCAGCAUCCGAGGGGCAGGAAAUCUCAUCCCCAAAGGUCAAGUGGCCUGCGCUCCAAGGCGUGGCCAAGAAGCUCUCGUGCAAGGUUUCCACAGCCAAGAAGCUCUCGUGCAAGAUUUCCACAGCCAAAAAGUUUUCAUGCAAGAUUUGCACAGCCAUGUUCACAGGGAGAGCAGAAAUGGAGAGUCACAAGAGAGCCCACAUUGGGCCCAGCACCUUCAAGUGUCCUGACUGUCCAUUCACUGCAGCCCUCUGGCCGGAGGUUCGGAGCCACAUGGUCCAGCAUGCCAGCCUUCGGCCACACAAGUGCACCCACUGCAGCUUCGCCUCCAAGAACAAGAAGGACCUGCGCAGGCACAUGCUGACGCACACCAAUGAGAAGCCCUUUGCUUGCCAGAUCUGUGGGCAGAGGUUCAACCGUAAUGGGCACCUCAAAUUCCACAUGCAGCGUUUGCACAGCUCAGAGGGGAAGAGACCAGGGGCGCCUGCAGCUGCUGCCCAGCAGACCAUCAUACUGAACAGCGACGAGGACACGCUGGCCACCCUGCAGACGGCUCUGCAGUCCGGCCAGGCGGUGCUGGCUCCCGAGCGGCUGCAGCAGGCCCUGGGGCAGGAACACAUCAUUGUCGCACAGGAGCAGAGCGUCACGAGCCAGGAGGAGGCUACGUACAUCCAGGAGAUCACAACUGCCGAUGGACAGACAGUACAGCACUUAGUGACCUCUGACAACCAGGUUCAGUACAUCAUUGCCCAGGAUGGUGUACAGCACUUGCUUCCCCAUGAGUAUGUUGUUGUCCCAGAGGGACAUCACAUCCAGGUACAGGAUGGGCAGAUCACCCACAUCCAGUACGAGCAGGGCAGCCAGUUCCUCCAGGAGCCGCAGAUCCAGUACAUGCCUGUCUCGCCUGAGCAGCAGCUUGUCACCCAGGCACAGCUGGAAGCAGCUGCACACUCAGCAGUCUCAGCAGUGGCUGAUGCUGCGAUGGCGCAAGCACAGGGCGUGUUCACCGCUGAGGCGACGGCCGAGCAGAUCCAGCAGCUGCAGCAGGGGAUCCACUACGAUGUCAUCACGCUGGCGGACUAG